GUUGAAUUGCUCCAAGCCUCCAACAAAAUAUAUGAUAAUAUAAUAAUAAUAUCGAUAGUUUCUACCGUACGUAGGCAGUUAUAUUGUUGGUUUUCUUUUGUUUUUUAUCUGAAGUUUCAACAGUCUGUACUUGCCACUUGGUGUACUGUGUACUCUGAGUCUCUGUCUCUCUGACUAUUCUGUUUCCGCAGUAGCCACUAGCCCCGGUCGGCCGCACCAGUACACCACGCCGCGUAUAAUAUUGCCAUUGAUAGGUUGCGCCAUCGUAGUCAUCAGUUCUAGUGGACGUUCACUCGUUCCGCCUAUCACGGUAUCACGCGACACGCAAUAAUAACAUAAUAUUAUGUAUGCAAUAUAGAUAAUAAUAAUUAAUAAUACAAAUUACAACGUCUAUUCGUCUCGAACAACGAUUUAAAAAAAAAAUUAUUAUUUUCUCGAUUUUCUACUUCUUAUUUUAUGCCCACCAACGGUAAUAAAUCAAAUAACCGACGCACGCCUAUCUCCUCUCAAGAGCUGGCGAAGAGCUGUAUUGACGACCACGACUGUUUCUCGUCGUCUUCGUGGAUUCGGGGCGUUAUCGACAACGCGCCGUUUGACUGUUUAUCGAGAAUAGUUUAGUUCGUAUCGGGUUUACAUCUYAACAAACUACUCUAACUAGGUAGUUGGUCUGAUGAUGAUUGUUUUUGCCCCGGUCUAUGGUCACACGACGUCUUAGUGUUCAGUCGACAUUCAAACCAUUGAUAUUUGAUAUGCAAUUGUUGAGGUAACGAUUUUCUUCACGAUAAACCAUCGCCAUGUCCUCUGUAUCCGUCAUGGACACACUGUCCUUCACCGUUCUAUCCGUGAUAUUCAUCCCGUUUCUCCUUUUCUUCCUCAGCAUCGUUCUGUUGGCAUAUAUCGGCAAGACACUAGGAUUACAACAGAUUUACGUGGACUUCCUAGUUAAAGUAUUUGAGUAUGGUCGAGAAAAUCUAGAAAAACAGUCAAAAAAAAAACCUAAAAGAGUCGAGGAAACUGAUAGUGAAGAAACUGAUGAUGUUGAUGAAUUGGAUUUAGUGACUGAACUAGACACAAAUACAUUUAAUGAAUCUACAACAUAUUUAGAGCCAAUGAAUUCAAAUGGAUCUAUCUCUCGGAGUAACUCAACAAAUAGUCUAUCUAAUGGAUAUGUUGAUAAGAAAAUACAAAACGGAGCUCCACCUUUAAUAAGCAGACAAGAUUUAAUACUAGUUCCAGAUCCAGAUCAAAAUUAUAAUGGCAAUAAUAAUGUUAAAACUGAAGGAGGUAAACAAAUACUACAAAGAACUCGUUCAUUUAAUACUUUAAAACGAGAAUUCGAACUUGCUGAUGUACUUGAUUAUGUAAAAACUGGUGUUGAAGCAAUUAUAGAAGAUCAAGUUACUUCACGAUUUGAAGCAGAAGAACUUAAGUCAUGGAAUUUGUUGACAAGGACAAAUAGACAUUAUGAAUUCAUCAACUGGAAAAUAACUGUCAUUUGGAUUAUUGGAUUUAUUGUAAGAUAUACAUUUUUGUUGCCAUUACGUGUGUUGAUUUGUUUCUUUGGCGUUAUGUGGCUGUGGAUUUGUACAUUAAUUGUUGGUGUUGUGCCUGAUAAUAUGGGUCAACGUUGGCUGAAUCAAAAUUUAUCUAUUAUGUGUUUUCAAGUUUUAGCUGCUUCACUAUCUUCAGUCAUCACCUAUCAUAAUCGCGAAAAUCUACCUAAGCGAGGCAUUUGUGUUGCCAAUCAUACAUCUCCAGUUGACGUACUAGUGUUGGCAUGCGAUAACCCUUAUGCUCUGAUUGGUCAGAGACAUGGAGGGUUUUUAGGAAUUCUUCAAAGAGCAUUAGCCAGAGCUUCUCCUCAUUUAUGGUUUGAGCGAUCUGAAGCCAAAGACAGAGAAAUUGUUGCAAUGAGGCUACGGGAACAUGUAACAAAUCCAAUUAAUCCACCGAUAUUAGUAUUUCCUGAAGGAACAUGCAUCAACAACACAUCUGUUAUGCAGUUCAAAAAAGGAAGUUUUGAAGUUGGCAGUGUUAUAUACCCUGUAGCUAUUAAGUAUGAUCCAAGGUUUGGUGAUGCAUUUUGGAAUAGUAGUAAAUAUUCAAUGAUUCAACAUCUUUAUUUAAUGAUGACAUCCUGGGCAAUUGUGUGUGAUGUGUGGUACUUGCCUCCAAUGUACCAAAAUGAAAAUGAAUCAGGUGCCGAUUUUGCAAAUCGAGUUAAACGGGUAAUUGCUGAUCAAGGUGGUCUUGUUGACCUAGUAUGGGAUGGCCAACUUAAACGUUACAAACCGAAAAAAGAAUGGAAAGAAAGACAACAGGAAGAAUUCAGUAAACGAUUAAAAGUUGAAUAGCACAAGUUGAUAUCAUUUUUUCAAAAUUAAAUAUUGGUUAUAUAACAACGCAAAAUGGGAUUGCUUAAAUAUGUCAUGACAAAAAUGAAAUGACUCAAUCCAUAAGAACAAAAACUAGUCGUAAAUUAAAUCACCAUUUUAUUUUGUUUAAUAUUUAUUAUAGGUUUAAAUAAUAAACUAGAUAUUAAAUAAACUAUAAAUUAUUCAAUUAUGUAAACCAUUAUACAGAUUUUGGUGGCAGUCGAUAAACUAAGGAUUUCUGUCUGUGAUUUAAGUAAGCCUUUUAUUGAGAAUAUUUAAUAAUUGAAAAUUUUCAACACAUGGGAUGUUACUAAUGUUGAAUUUACAUAUAGGUUCUAAGUUUAUUUCUUAUUUCUGUAUUUAUAAAAUGUCGCUUUAAAUUAUCAAACAUAUUUACUUAGAUAUUUAUGUUAAUCAUAUGAUUAAUUAAGUUAGUUCCUUAUUAGUUUGUUUUUACGAAUUAUUAAAUUAUAUAUACCAAAACAUAC